UAUGAAAUAAAUAAACAAAGUUAAGCUCGUCGAAGCGAGCUAACAAUUUGGUGCCGUGACCGAUCUUCUUCUAUUUACUACAUCGAAGAAGAACGAACUUAUUAAUUAAUUUACUCAUCCGUGACGGAAAGAGUGAAGUAUCAUCUCAUCUUUCUAGGAAAGAGAGAAUUAGAUAUUCAUAUAUAAAUUAGUUUCAAAAUUUAAUUAUCAAAAGAAGGUAUAUUUCUUACAUAUAAAGUUCAAAUUUUUUGUCCUUCUUUUUAAGUGCAUAUAUAUAUAUAUAUCUAACAACGGCUACCGGUACAAGAAGAGCGAUUAAAAAAAGUGGAGCACAUAUUUUAUCAUAUGAAUUAAUUACCAAUUCACCAACACGAAUAAGAAAUAAAAAACAAAACAAUAUGUCAUUUAUGCAAGAAAUGGAAACAACUCCGAUGGAAGCUCGACAAAUUUAUUUAAGCGAAAAAGAAGUAAUGAAGAAAAUAGCUGAAUUUUCAGGAGAAGCUGAUGAAAUUGAUAUUGAUGAAUGGAUUUUUGAUUUAAAUAAUUUAUUUUCAUUAAUGAAAUUAAAAGAUGAAAUAAAAGUUCUCGAAACAAUGGGCAAAUUAACAGGACCAGCAUUACGAUGGUAUCAAGAAAAUUUAAGAUCAUUCAUUACUUGA